UGCUGGUGGGAGGGGCCGGGUCUGUGUUGUAAUAAAGUGACAGAGGGUUUUUUAGGCUAAGUGUUUUUCCAGCAUGGCAGAAUCCAGAGCGUCUGUCUUCAGGGAAAGAGCCUGGGGGGAAUCAGGGUGUGAAAUGGACUCAAACCUCUUCUGCAACCUCCCCUCUCGCCCUGACAGGCUGAGGAAUCACGUCCACGUUUCGCUUCUAAUCGUCCCAUCCUCCUAGGAAACAGGGAAGGGAAGUGGCUGUGGUGGAGCCAGCUCAGGAUUCCCCAUUCCCAAACCUGACCUGAUCACUGGGUUGGAACGAGGGGAAGAACCGUGGGAUCUCCAGGCCUCCAAGGAAAGGGAGAUCCUGAGAGGCACCCAAACAGCGUGGAGAGCUCACCUAGCAACUUCCCAGCUCAGCAUGCCGGCUCCGCGCGGCAGAAGGGCUCCUGCCUGGAGCACGCCGGAGGUGGUGGAUCUCCUGGGCCUGUGGGGACAGGGGGACGUGCAGGCACAGCUCCGAAACAGCCGUCGGAACUUCGACGUCUACAGCCAGAUUGCUCGGGGCAUGGAGGAGAAGGGCUACGACAGGGACCCACAGCAGUGCCGCGUGAAAAUCAAGGAGCUGCGGCAGGCGUACCAGAAGGCAAAGGAGGCAAAUAGCCGCUCCGGUGCGGAGCCGCAGACGUGCCGCUUCUACAAGGAGCUGCAUGCCAUCCUCGACAGCGACUCCACCUCCACCGCCAAGCAUCCUGUGGAUACUUUGGGGGACCUGGAGUCACAGGCCACAGGGGUGAGCCCUGAGAUCGAGGUGAUGAUCAAGGAAGAGGAGGACGAGGAAGAGGAGGAGUAUGGGGGACAGGCGACAGGGGGAUCUGGUGGCGUGGCGAGCCAGGACUUCUUUUUGACUCCUGAGCAGUCUAGCCAGUCCCAGCAGUCCAGCCCCGGUGAGCCUGAUGCAGGGGAGGGAACCUCUGCAGCUGCAAAUGCGGCCUUGAGGGCCUCUCCGCCCACCCCAGAGGAGCGGCUGGGCCAGGUGAGGAGGAGGAAGAAGAGGACAAGGGAAGACAUGUUUCAGGAGGUCCUGCGAGCCUCCCGCGCUUCGGAGCGCGAGCAGCGGGCUUGGAGGAUAAUGAUCAAUGACAAAAUGCAGCGGGAUAGCGAGGACAGGAGGAACGGGCAGCAAGAGAUGAUCACGUUGCUCCGGGAGCAGACAGACAUGCUGCGGUCUCUGAUCGAACUUCAGGCCGAACACAUCCGUGCUCGCCUCCCCCUGCAGCCCAUAGAGAACUGCAUUCCAGGACCUCCCUAUACUGGCCUCCACAUAUCUUCUGGGCCUGCAGCAGUACCCCAGGCACUCCACCCCACGGAAGAUUACACACAAUGACAGUUGCACGUACACCCAGCUGUGAGAGCCUCUUGGGUGUAUGUGCUUGUGAAUUCCCUCUUCCUUCCCCUUCAGAGAUCCUUUCCCCUGUAUGUAUGAAGUUUUUACUUUAGCAUUACCUAGGUAUGUUUGCAUAGGUGUGGAAUAAACAUGUAAAUUCAGUUUU